CUGGCUCCGCCCCCAACGCUAGGCGCGCACAAGGGAAUCAUCCAUUACCCGCCGGUGAGGAACGUGGAGGACAAAUUUAGAUAUAUACACCACAAGAAUACAGACCACCCCACAAUAGAACUGUGUCAGAUUCGCAACGGCUGGAACUCCCCACUUUGAGUACCACUAUACAGACGCGUGCUUUACAGUGCUGGAAUACAUGAGGACGCCGCCUGCAUCCACUCACCGCUGGUUUGCCAUAACCUUUUCCCGCAAUCAUCCAUCUGCCGGCUGUGCGCCAGUCUGUGCCACCCCGGACAUCCAGUGUGACCACCGCGUGGACAACAUCUUCAGGCCGGCUGUCCAGCCGUGCCAGUCUGCCGGAGCUACGCCCGUAUACCACUGUGAUACCAUCUCCCGAAGCUCUGUUCAGCGGUGCGGUUUGUGGAUGCAUCAACACAUUUUUCCUGUAAGGAAAGGUAUUAUCAUACAGCCAUGUCUCAGACUUCACAGGGUUCAGGCAACAAAAGCCCCGAUGUAUUUGAUCGUCUCUGGGAAUUUUUAGGACCAAUGCAUUCUGUACAACCGAUUGACUUGAAUUUUUCCACCGAUCCAACAGACAGUGGUCCUACAAAUAAGAUUGAAAUUAGCAUGGACUGUAUCCGGAUGCAGGACUAUGGGCUAACUGACCCAAUGUGGCCACAGUAUACGAACUUGGGCCUGCUGAACAGUAUGGAGCAGCAGAUACAGAAUGGUUCGUCUUCCACAAGUCCUUAUACCAAUGAGCAUGCACAGAACAGUGUGACAGCACCAUCACCAUAUGCUCAGCCAAGCUCAACCUUUGAUGCCUUGUCUCCGUCUCCAGCCAUUCCUUCAAAUACUGACUACCCAGGACCUCACAGCUUUGAUGUCUCAUUUCAACAGUCCAGCACAGCCAAGUCUGCUACAUGGACGUAUUCUACAGAUCUGAAGAAGCUCUACUGCCAAAUUGCCAAGACAUGUCCAAUUCAAAUCAAAGUGAUGACACCACCGCCACAAGGAGCCGUUAUAAGGGCAAUGCCAGUCUACAAGAAGGCCGAACAUGUCACAGAAGUUGUAAAACGUUGCCCAAACCAUGAGCUUAGCCGAGAGUUUAAUGAGGGUCAAAUGGCUCCUGCCAGUCACCUCAUUAGAGUAGAGGGAAACAACCAUUCACAAUAUGUGGAAGACCCAAUAACUGGGAGACAGAGUGUCCUGGUGCCCUAUGAGCCCCCACAGGUGGGCACAGAAUUCACAACAAUAUUGUAUAACUUUAUGUGCAAUAGCAGUUGUGUUGGAGGCAUGAAUAGACGGCCGAUUUUAAUCAUUGUGACCCUGGAAACCAGAGAUGGUCAAGUACUUGGACGCAGAUGCUUUGAGGCUCGAAUUUGUGCCUGUCCAGGCAGAGACAGAAAGGCAGAUGAGGACAGUAUCCGGAAACAGCAAGUCACAGAUGGCUCAAAAAAUGGAGAAGGUAUGAAGCAAUCUUUUCGACAGACCACACAUGGCAUUCAGAUGACGUCUGUGAAAAAAAGGCGGUUACCAGAUGAUGAGGUGUUAUAUCUACCUGUAAAAGGCCGGGAAAUCUAUGAAACAUUAUUAAAGAUUAAGGAGUCUUUGGAGCUUAUGCAGUACAUUCCACAACAUACCAUUGAGACCUACAGACAGCAACAGCAGCAUUUACUGCAGAAACAGGACAGAAGCCUACAAAGCAACUUGCCUGGCCCCCGAAAUACAGGGAGGAGUGACAUCUUCUCCAGACAUCACUGGCCAAAAAGAAUGCAGAACAGCCCCAACUACAUGGAACACAAUCUAAAGUUUUCUCCAGUAGAACAAGAUGUCAGAGACGAAAAUUACCUAAAUGAACGAUCGUCAUUACAAGGACAACCUUCCUUUGGAUCUCCAUCUCCUCCUCUCAGCAAGAUGAACAGUAUGAACAAGUUGCCUUCUGUUAGUCAGCUGAUGAAUCCACAGCAGAGAAAUUCUCUUACUCCAAAUGCCAUGACAGAUGGCAUGGGAUCUAACAUUCCCAUGAUGACUGCUCACAUGCCGAUGGCCGGUGAUCUUAAUGGGCUAAGCCCACCACAAUCGCUGCCUCCUUCCUUGUCCAUGUCAACCGCAUCCCACUGCACACCUCCUCCUCCAUAUCCAACAGACUGUAGCAUCUCCAGUUUUUUAGCGAGAUUGGGAUGUUCAUCCUGUCUGGACUAUUUCACUACCCAGGGCCUGAGCAGCAUCUAUCAGAUUGAGCACUACUCCAUGGAGGAUCUGAUAAGCCUCAAGAUUCCAGAACAGUUUCGCCAUGCAAUCUGGAAGGGUCUAGUAGAACACAGGCAAAUCCAUGAGUUCUCAUCGCCGCCCCAUCUGCUGCGGACAACUAGCAGUGCCUCUACCGUCAGUGUGGGAUCCAACGAAUCUCGAGGAGAAAGAGUCAUUGAUGCAGUGCGGUUCACACUGCGCCAAACCAUCUCCUUCCCACCACGCGAUGAUUGGAAUGAUUUCAAUUUCGAUAUGGAUGCGCGUAGAAAUAAGCAGCAGCGCAUAAAGGAAGAGGGCGAAUGACUAUCUUCUUGCUUUUCCUCUUAAUAUUGCUGCGCAGGGCCCAAAUGUUGUUUUCAGCUUAUUAUCUGUUUAUCCAUCACUCACCAUUGUAUUUAUGUGUAUAUAUAUGUAUAGGGGAGAUGGUGGGGAGCAGUCAGAAGUUAGACAUGGAGAUAAAAAGCUAAAAAAAAAAAAAAAAAUCACCAUUUUGUUGCAGUAACUUAUAUUCCAGAACUUUAAAGCUACAACUACUGUAGCUGUAUGGAUACGUAAGGAAUAUCUAUAUGAAUAAGUAACCUUAGCGGAGGGUGGCAACAAACUACAUUUCAUUUCACAGUAAAAGUGGUGGCCAGGUUUUUGUUUUUCCAUAUUUUGUACUGAACAAAUCUAAAGUUACAAUUACAUUUUUUUUAUCUUUUUUUUUUUUUUUUUACAGGGGGGAAGUAUUUCUUCACCCUGUCGCUGAUUAGAUAAAGAAAACCCCUGUGUGUGCCAACCAGUACCAGUUUGAAUAGACCUUGCCAAUACUUUUAUUUUAUGUUUUGAGACACAGAGGUUUUUAGAUUCCCGCUGUAGGUCAUGUGAAUAUCGUUGCACUUAUUUAAGCAUUGCCGUUUCAGUAGAGAGCUCUAUAGACAGCUAUUUGCUGUUACACAAUAGAGCACCACUAGUUCCGUUAUAGAAAUGAUAAGCAGAGUAUAAAGCACCUCUUUUGGCAUCCUGUUUUAUGGCAGUAUAUUAUAUACAGACAUCAGCCUUGGUAUCAUACCAAAUGGCAAAAAAAAUGUAAUAUUAGGCUGACAUGGCAAAAAUACAGCAUAUUCAAAGAGCUAAGGCGGUUGUAUCUGUGAGAUUGUGUUCAUCCCACUCAUUCCCAGAUCUGGUCAGGCACAUUUUUUCUUCAGGCGCUGUCAUUAAUAUGUGCCUGUACUGUGCUAUUGGUACUGAAGUAUAUAUGCCAAAGUGAUGGCAGCUUUACCGUAAACUGACUUUUUAGAUACAUUUGUGCUACUGCCUUAUUAUAGCACUGAUAGAUUAUAUAUUAUAAGUAUUUUGUAUAUUUCUGUUUUUAUACUUUUUUUUUUUUUUUUUUUUUUACAUUUUUUGUAUUUUGGG